UGCAGAAGGCAAACAGGUUAAAGUAGGAAGAAGCUAGAGCCCAGUCUUUCUCAAAGCAAGGACACCGCUUUCCAGGCUUAGCUGAAAUGAUUAAAGUACUUCUUAUUUCUACAGUUUUGUUCCUUUCUCAACACCGAGUAAGCUCUUCACUACAACAAUACCUCAAGCACGUACCUCACUACUAUACAGACAGACAUACAACAUACCCACGUACACAAGGGGAGAUGGAAAAAGGCCAUUUGGGUCAUCUAAGAUGUCUCUCCUGCCACCUCCAUCAUGGACAUGGACUGCACGAAGGCAAUUACCUGGGGUGAAGGACUACGAAGUGGUAUAUCCACAAAAACUACACCUAUUACACAAAAGAGAUGUAGCAGGAAACCAAAAUCCCAACAAUGAGGCAAAAUAUGACGACAGGAUGCAAUACGAAAUUAAAGUCAAUGGCGAGAAAGUGAUACUUCAUCUAGAAAAAAAUAAGGAUCUAUUUGCCAAGGACUACUCUGAAACUCAUUACUCAGAUGAGGGUCGAGAAGUGACAACAAGCCCUCAGAUCAAGGACCACUGUUUUUACGAUGGACACAUCCAAAACGAUAAUGACUCAGAAGCAAGCAUCAGUGCCUGCAGUGGUUUGAAAGGAUAUUUCAAGAGCCAGGGUCAAAGAUACCUUAUCCAACCCCUGAAGCUCACAGACAGCGAGGAACAUGCAAUCUUUAAAUAUGAAAGCCUGGAAGAUGUUGAAGGCCCAAAAACUUGUGGCGUAACCAACACUACCUGGGAAAAAGAAGAUCCUAUCAAAAAGUCCUCUAGAUCAAGCACCAGUAUCGAAAAACAGGAAUACCUGAAAGCGAAGAAGUAUGUCGAAGUCUACGUAGUUGUAGACAAUGCUGCGUAUAGGAAGUACAACCGUAACUUGACGAGUAUAAGAACACGGGUAUUUGAAAUAAUCAAUUACAUCAACAUGGUUUAUAAAGCCAUAAACAUUUAUGUGGCUUUGAUUGGGCUAGAAAUCUGGUCAGCUGGGGAUCCGUUCACUGUGAAUUCUUCAGCAGGCACCACCUUGGACAAAUUCUCAGCAUGGCGUCAAUCGAACCUGCUGAAACGGAAGAAUAAUGACAAUGCUCAGUUACUCACAGCGAUUGACUUUGAUGGGCCAACGGUCGGAUUGGCCUUUGUGGGAACCAUGUGCAGUUCUACUCAUUCCACAGGCAUUGUUCAGGACCAUAAUACCAAUCCAAUUUCAAUUGGAGCCACCAUGGCACACGAGAUGGGUCAUAAUUUUGGCAUGAAUCAUGACACUAGCUUCUGCAAAUGCAAUUCUGGAUCUUGUAUCAUGGCAGCACAACUCAGCUACAACAUCCCCAUGGAUUUUACUGCAUGCAGCCUCCAGGAUUUUCAGAAAUACCUAUUGGACCGAACACCAAUGUGCAUCACCAAUAUGCCUGCACUGAACGACAUAGUAGCAACCCCCGUUUGUGGGAACAACUUUGUAGAGAAAGGAGAGGAGUGUGACUGUGGAACUCCAGAGGAAUGCACAAAUAUCUGCUGCGACGCUGUAACAUGCAAGCUGAAGCCGAAUGCUAAAUGUGGAUUUGGGGAGUGUUGUGAAAACUGCCAAAUUAAAAAAGCAGGGACUCUUUGCCGACCGAUAAAGCAUGACUGUGACCUUCCCGAGCUGUGUACUGGCCAGUCCCACCAGUGCCCAGUGGAUCGAUUCAGAGUCAAUGGAUACCCUUGCAGAGAUGGCCAGGGUUACUGUUACAUGGGGAAAUGCCCCACCCUGCAGAGCCAAUGCAUUGCUCUUUGGGGAUCAGGUGCUACAGUAGCCGUAGACUCUUGUUAUAAGACUAACCAGAAUGGAGUUUAUUACGGACACUGCAAAAAGGCAAAUGGCACAUUCAUCCCCUGUGCAAAAAAAGAUAUACAGUGUGGGAAGUUAUUCUGUACUGGUGGUUCACGAAUGCCUACAGCUGGAAACCUCCUAUCUUUCGACUCAUGCAAAGGCAGUUUUCCUAAUGACAAUAAUGAAGACGCAGGCAUGGUCGCUGCUGGAACUAAAUGUGGUGAUGGAAUGGUGUGCAGCAAGGGACAAUGUGUUGAUAUCGAGAGAGCCUACAAGUCAACCAACUGUUCUGCCAAGUGCAAUGGACAUGCUGUGUGUGACCAUGAACUGCAAUGCCAGUGUGAAGAAGGAUGGGCACCGCCCAGCUGCGAUAGUGCCACAACAGUUCAGCAUUUCGCCAUCAUUGCCGGUGUGCUAGCUGCCCUUGCCAUCAUUGUGAUAGUUGCUGCUUUAAUCAUCCGCUACCGAAAUGCUAAGAAGCAGCAAGCUCAGAGCGGCCAGAGCAAAGGUGUAUCUGGAGAGACAAACCAAGGCUUCUCAGUGAAAGAACAGAAGAGACGUCCGAACGCUGCACCCAGGGUACCUGUCCAGGAGCAUAUCCCAGAGGAGAGAUCCAAUGGCAAGCCAGCCAUCCACCAAAAUACAAAAAUGCCUAUCAUAAAGCCAACCAUUCCACCACCUCCAGUUCCUACUGCCAAACCAGCCUUUUCUCCUGUCGUGGGCAAUUCUGUAGCACAGACAAAGUCCACUCCUUCACGAGUCCCAAAGGGCAAACCUGCACCCCCACCACAGGCUUUAAAACCACCAGUCAAACCCAGAGUAUGAAGCUAUUGAAGAACUGAUCAAGAUGCCUGACAUUCUGAGGGACAGUUUCCAUCUCUGUUCACCUUGUGGUUCCUGCCUUUGCCAAGAAACUAUGAUCGUCCCACUAACUUUCUUUUUUAAAUGGACUGGCAAUUUCUUUGAAAGAAAAUGUGUUUUUCAAAUAAUAUUGUAGUCCUUGGAUGAUGACAUCAGCCUGCCAUUCCUGGCUUUCCAGAGGAAAAGCCAGGAGAAUAUCAAACUGAACUGAGGGGGACCAUAUGUGAGUUAUUAAACCGGCUCAGUAUAUGUUUUGGGUUGGAAUUAAAACAAACAUCCUAACCGUCAGGCUGGUUAAGCACUGGAAUAAACUGCCUAGGGAGGUUGUGAAAUUUCCAUCAUUGGAGAUUUUUAAGAGCAAGACAGACAAACACAUCAGAGAUGGACUAGAUAAUACUUAGUCCUGCCAUGAGUGCAGGGGACUGGAUUAGAUGACCUCUCGAAGUCCCUUCCAGUCCUAUGAUUCUAGAGUCUAAGAUUUGGGAAAGUCUGGUGUGCUGGAUUCUGUCUGUAAAUUGCAAACUAGAUGUAAAGUUAAAGGACCAUCAGAGUAGCUGGAUCAAUGGCCCAACAUUGCCUUCAGUGGUGAACACCUGAUGCAAAGCUGUCAAGGGUAGAACAAAACUCCUUCCUCACCCUUGGAGGAAGUCAGCUUGUAUCAUUGAGGCAUGAGGCUGGAUUACCCUCCUGUUCGUCAGUUUAUUAGCUCUUGCGUUGACUGGCAACGCUUGAUAUCUGAGAAGUAUUUUGGUUCUGAAAACAUCCUUUGGAAUUAUAGUACCCCUUUAUUCUCUAUCACUUUAAAGGCCGCACAGUGAGCUAUUUUGAGCUGGGAAGAUUGGAUACAUGGUCAGAGACUGUAUUACAGUCAACCAGCUAGCUGCUUGGAUCACAGUGCUCCUGGAAAGCAUGCUUUGCCAGCCUGACAUGGAACUUCAGAUGCCAUAAUUGAACUCCAGGGACAAUGAAAAAAAUCCCUUAAUAAUUGGUUUUAUUCACCACUUAGUUCCCGAAUUAUCUCCUCUUCCCCCUUCCCACCCCGCCCCAUUCCAGCCGAGAAACACUGGUAUUUUCUUAAUUGGAGGGUUACUCUUUGCACUCUACUGUAUUAUUGUAAAUUUGCUAAUGAGUACUAGGCUGGGCACAUUGAUUUAUUAUUGCAAGACUGCUCCUGGGUGUGGGGCUUUGCACACUAGUAUGGUACUAGAGGGUUGUUCCUUAGUUCUGGGCUGCUGGCACUGCUGUUAUUGAUACCUGGGGCAUUGAUAUGAUGGUACUAGCAUCACUAUAUUUAGGUUAAAGCCCAGGGGCGUAUGUGUCAAGGGAAAAAAAAUGGUUACAAAAAAAUAAGAUGAGCCUUGUAUCCAAAGCACCCAACAUUUCAUAGUGGUUCCAGUUUGAACUAGGUUUGGUUCCAGGUCAGAUUCAAAAGCAGAAUGGUCCUUUCAUUUUCAGAACUGGUUAGGCUGUGGCUCAAGGCAGCAAUUUUACACCACUUGGGCACAAAAGUGUCGCUAAGGGAGAUUUUCUCCUGGUUGCAGAACCACCGAAGUGAAGUCAUAGCCUUGAAUUAGCCUCCACAUGAAAUUUAGAAUCGCAUUGUAACUCUAAUCUAUGUCACGUCCUGAACAUUCCCUGUUUGGCCUGCUCUUUAAAAAGAGCCAUAUCCUCAGCUAGUGUAAAUCUAAGCUCCAUAGAGGUUAGCUCAAUUGUUCCAGUUUGCACCAGUUGAAAUUCUGGCUUACAAUAUCUUAUUUUGAUAGUCAACAGCUAAGUUUAAAAAAAAAAAAAAAAAAAAGGAAGUGUAGCUAGAAGUAUUGACGUGCCCACUGUGGUGUCUCAAACAAAAACAAAAAAUGUGAAAAAUAUCCAUUCCUUCUUUUAUGCUACGAUUUCCUUUGGGCUGUCAAUCAAGCAUUAUAAAAGAGAGAACAAUGCUAUGAAAUGAUAAUAUUCUGUUACUUGCCUUGUAAGCUGUCAGUUUUGGGUGUACAUUUUUUUUAGAUUUAACUUCAUUGUGAGAACAUUUGUGUCUCCCACUUUGGAAUCAUUUCUUCUCUAUUUGUAUUCAAAGACAUUUAAUAUAAGCAAGUUUAAACAUGGUGUAUGGAGAUUUUAAAAAGUUAUUUUUAUUACCUAUAAAUAAUGUAUUUACAAAGAUUUCUGUAUUAAAAUGUUCUAAGAAAAGCA